CGCUGACGUUAGCGCUUCUUAACCGCCAAAAUGUUGAGUGCAGCUGUAUUAAUCUGACUUCUUUAUGUGAUUAAAAUUCAUGAUAAAUAAAGUAGGAAUUUUCGAGACAGAUUCAAGCAAGACUAAUUAAUUAUCAGUGUUUGUUGUGUGCACAUAUUUUCGUUGAUAUUGUAAUGUACUCAUAAUUGUUAUAGUUUCUGAAUUUAUUAUAUUCGUAAAUUAUUCUACACAAUUAUAACUUGAUUUCACCCUAGUUAACAAUUAAGUUUUGUUAUUUAGUAAUAUGGAUAACCGAGCCUACUUGAAUAUGUAUAAAAUCAGACCCUCCAGAUUUGGAAAUGUAGGUGUUAAGCGACAAGAGGGACAAAGACAAAAACUAAAUUUAGACAGACAUGCUAGGAGAACUAAGAAUUUUAAUGCAAACAGAAAUAUUUUAAAUGAAGGCUCAAGUGUUACUGAAGAUCCAGUAGAAAAGAAGCAGCCCGACCAAGAGAGAGUGGAUCGUAAGCAAGCACUAUUAAAAUUUAAGGCUGAAAAAGAAGCAAUAAAAAAAUUGCUAAAAGAAAAGGCUCGCCCACCUUUCAAGGUGGGAAUCCCUCAUCACGGUUCAUCCCCAGUUUUAAAAGAUCUAUCUAAUAUCAAGACGAAAAACAAGAAGCAACCCACAAAUUUACCAGUUAAAUCCCAACCAGAAAUGAGGAUGACAAGAGCCAGAGGGAAAGUAUGCCAGGGAAGUUCUCAGAACCCAAUGAAAGUGUUUCACAAAUCUCCAGUGCGGAUGUUUCCUUUUAAUGAUAGAAAAACUUUGUUCAACUUCAAUCUGAACAAAGAAGUGAAAUCGAAAAGGUUAACAUCACCUCAAACACCAGUAGUUCUAAAGAGGUCAGCUCAGAAGAACAUAAAAUCAUCCAGACAAGUAUUGCCACCAAAGGUUGCUAAACCAAAAGUGAAGGCUAAACCUUCUACUUCAUCUACGGAUUCUGAAUUAGCAGUCCCCUUACCAACUCCAUCAGAAGUAGAAGAGGAAGUAAUUAGAGAUCUAAGAAAUCAGAUGCUGAUUAUUGAGGAAACCAGUCUUAAUGCUGCCGAAGCUACAAGGACAGAAAAUUCGAAGGUUGACGAAAUUGCUGAGAUAUCUACAAAGAAAGAGCCAAACUUCUCAGAAACAACUGAUGAUCGUGAAAAGUUUGUUUCAACUCCAAAACAACAACAGCCCAUCCAAGAAUUGGAGUCUUCUGCAGUGGUUGAUUUUCAACGUUCCCGGUUAGCUGAUGAGACAAACCGGCUUCUAGAGUUAGCCGACAAGUGGCAGCUGACCGCCCUUCACCAGAACUUGCCACGCGAUGUGGGAGAUGAGAUAGACAGCCUGGUUGGUCAGACUCGGCUACUUACCAAGGACAAGUUCAAUCAGUUCAAGGGUCUCAUUGAUGAAUUUGAGAGUAACUCCUGUACCCAACGCUUAACUACUGAAGAUCUUAACGGAUUCUGGGACAUGAUGUAUUUACAGGUUGAGGCUUUAAUUAAGAGGUACUCGAACUUGGAUAUCCUCAAGGAGAACAACUGGAUAAAGCCUGAACAGGUAAUGAAGAAGAAGAGAGGAGUAGUAAAGAAAAGUCAGCCAAAAACCACUGUGUCAUCUUCAAUCAGAGAAGCGAUUCGAGCCAGAAGAACUAAGCUGGCUUCCUCCCCAGCAGCUGUCUCAGAAAAAUCACCUGUAAAUGAGAGGAAAAGUGUUAUGGCAAAUGUUUUGUCAAAUAAGAAACGGACACGUAGCAAUUCCCCAUCUCCGUACAUAGCAAUCUACUUGUCUCGCAUUGGGCGAUCUCUAAGCCAGACCCCUAAAAAGUCGAUUAAAUCAGAUGAUCUAGAUGGAACACCAAAUAUAUUAACAAAGAAAAUCAAAAUUGAGCAUGAAUACAACUCAAGAGAAUCAGAUUUAUCUACUAAUGUAAUGUCAACAGAAGAAGAUGCUUCAGGGGAUUGUAAUACAAACGGAACUGAAAUAAGCAAGAUUAAAAGUGUGUUGUCAAAGAAGAGACAAUUACCCAGUGAGUUCUCAUCUCCAUACACGUCUGAAAUUAGUCAAUCUUUGGAGCAAACUCCUCAAAAAUUGAUUGGAACAGAGGAUCUGAUAACAACACCAAAGAGUACAUUAAGGGAACAAAAUAAAAUUAAAGAUGAACACAGUACAAGGAAAUUAGUGUUAUUUACUUCAGAAGAAGAAGAAGACCAUGAAGUAUCAGGUGAGAAGUCAUCUCUCAGGAGAUCUGUGAGGCUAAUGAGUCAAACACCUGCCUCCAACAAGAAGAGACAGUGUCCCUCAUGCCUAGGGACACCAUCACAAAGGCCCAGGAUGUCUUGCAGGGUAACACCAAAUAAGAAGAUUGUGUGUCCUUCUUGCAAGUCUCCUUUCAGUUACUGUGAAGCCAAAGUAAAUACCAAAUCUCAAGAUAAUGACCAUUCUAAAAGAUUGAAAACUGGAUCACCUGCAACCACAAGUUCACAAGAAUCUAAAGAAAACAUACCUUCAGCUUGUGAAAAAUAUGAGUCCAAGGCAGCUGCAGUACCGAGCACAUCCAGGUCACGAUUUAUGUUGAAGCCAAGCACUCUCAAUGUACCGACUAACAUCACCAAUCUCAGGGGUGCAGUAGUGGUAGAAUCUGAGGCUAAUACUGAAAGUGUACAGCUUCGUCGCAGCAGUCGAAAACCCAGCAGUGCAAGAAAGGUUACAUUUAUUGCCAAUAAUGAUGAUAAACCUUCAAUGAAAGUGCCUGCCACACCAUACAGGAAAUCAUCACGUGGCAAGGUGUCAGUUGAAGUGGAAGAUUCAGAUUAAAUGUAGGUCAUUUAGAAACAAACCUACAUUUAUACUUUAUUCAAAGAAGACAUAUGUAAUGGAAGAUUUAAAAUUAGUUGUAUAGAUCAUUUUAAACCAAACCUAUGUUUAUAUUUUAUUCAGUGGGACUUCGUAUAUUUUACUUAAAUGCCUGAAUGUUUUAUAAUUACCCUAUUUUGUGCAGUGUUAAUAUUUUAUAUAUUUAAUAUAUUCAAAUUGUACAUUGUGUUGUUGCAUCAAAAACAAUAAAUGGUUUAUACAAAUGUC